UCCCCGCGAUCGCAUGACCCUAGCCGGUCUGGGCAAUCGUCGCUCGAACUCUCGGCAACAACCAACUCACUAAUCUGGACCGCUUGCUUGCUUGCUGUGUCAACUCCAUAGUACGAUAUGCUCUGAAUGCACAUCUGGCGUUGUCGCUGAAAUCCAAUUCUAUCUCCUCACUCUCUGCACCUUUUUACUACUGGGUUAGUCAGUCUUGAUCUGGAUGCUGUGUUGUUUCUACCCGAUGCGUUCUUUUUAAUGCCUUCUUCGCUCUUGUGAUCAAUAUUUCAUUUUAUCCCCCAUGCCGACCCCUAGCAGCAAUCCUCAGUCGACCUCCACCUUAUAUCCUGUGGACGCCUCUACAUCUUCCCAUACCAGCUGCCCCCCGGAGACUGACAGGAUCGCCACCUGGAGAGCAUUGUCGGAGGAGUGCAUUGUGCCCAAUGCUGACGAUGAUGCAACUCCGGCCAUCGUACAACGCCCGGCGCAGGCGCAAGUAGACCUGCCGCUAAAUUCACAUUCGCAAAUUGCCCCUUCCCACCCCCGGGCCACCGAGAUAUCCUCGCAGGCAUCUUCCGAGAAAAUGGAUUCAACAGACGAUGAUGUUGGGAUGGAGUCGCCAAGCCCCGCGGCCAGCGUGUCGUCGGCUGAGGGAGCUUCUUCGGCCCAGACCUACCCAACUUCACCCUCCUCAUCCACCACGAUCCCAUCCAUGGACUACGAUUAUUCCAAUGUUAGACUUCUCCCCAGUCACUGUUCGUCCUUUCUCAGAGCGGGCAGCAAGUUCGUCGGAACACAGCAGUCAGACCGCCAGGUAUACAAUGUGGACGUUGAAAUCAAACAUGUUGAUAUGGCAGAAUCAUAUCUAUGUGGAUACCUCCGGAUUCAAGGGCUUACCGAAGACCACCCAACCCUCACCACCUACUUCGAAGCAGAGAUAAUCGGCACAAAAUACACGUUCCUAACCAAACAUCAAUCGUGGGGUGCUACUGAUAAAACCGACCUGAAUCACUGGGCCCGGUUCCCCUCCUGGCGACCGCUAGCAAGGUCGGCCAGGAAGUCGGAAUUCACAUAUAAGAAUUUUAUGCAGCAUCCGGACAUCUUCAUGAGGUGGAAAGAGUAUUUCCUCGUACCAGACCACCGUGUUAAAACCAUCUCAGGCGCGAGUUUUGAGGGAUUUUACUAUAUCUGUUUUAAUCAAGUGGAAGGGACGGUCAGUGGGAUAUACUUCCACGCAAAGAGCGAGAAAUACCAGCAGCUUGAGCUUAAGCACGUGGAUAACAAGGGGUGUUUUGGGGCCAUCGAAUUCCGCUAGGUCCGUGCCGGAGUUUUAUAAGUCUUUGGCCCGACACGGCCGAUCUUCGGGAUGAUGCAUGAACUUUGCAUCUUUUUUGGUCUCGAUGUUUGUCUAACUCCCCGGUUUUAGCCAUGCCUUGUACUAGUUCAUUCAUCGUCGGCAUUGGGCUACCCGUCCGAUUAAAAUUAUCGUGUUACCCGUGUUUGAGCUGGCUUGGUCGAUAUCAACACCAAAUCUUUGUCAAGGGAGUAGGUGUCCGUGGGUUGGCGCAAAGAUUUCUUUUGCAUUAUUGUUUUCUUUCAUGACACUAUACCAUUCUUCCCUUUACUGCUAUUUGGUGCCGUCGUUGACGUAUCGGUCCCCUUUUCACCUUUUGUGCUUCUCUUUUCCUCCAUUUUCCCUCCAACUUACAGUACUACUGAAGGUGUGCAUGUUUGCUCUCCUCCCUGAACUCCAUCCCGUUUCCGAACCUUUUGUUCACUUUUAUCUCCCAGCUGGUCAUUUUUUUUUAAUAUAUAACAUAGUCGGAUGUUUGGCGUUUCGGUGUUUUCUCAUCUAUCUCCUUUUUACUUUCAUCGACACGCGCUCCGGCUUGACUUUGUUGACUAAAAUAUCUACUGCCUUCUUUUCUUCUUUUCUUUUCUUUGCGAACUACCUACUAUAAUCUUUUAUUAUACAUAUAACUGAACAGACCCAAAAUCAGCAUCAUUCAGAGUCCUUCUACUCCUAUUUCAAUUUUACUCCGUUUUGUCGAAUACCUUUCUAAGGCCGAAGAAGAUUGAGUUUUAUCCCGAGAUUCGUACACACGCAAAUUGACCUGUCAAAGUAAAUUUAUUCCUGGUUUGGUGCGCGGUUUGGCUGAACCGUGACAACGGAAUUUAGCUGUUUCUUUUUUCGUUUUAUCGCCUCUGGAGAUUUCGCAAUAUCAUACAUCUAUAAAGUCAAGACUUUAGUCUUUCUAGAUAACCGAUGUAGAGAUUAAUAACUGGGGGCAUUCGUU